GUGGAGGUCGGGCGCGAGAGAACAUGGAGGUUUAGUGAUCGUGUGGUAGCUGUAGGAGCAGGAAGCCCACCGGAGAGCCCGCCGCACCGAGCCAGCCGUGUUUUAUUUUCAGUUUUUCCUUUGUUAUCCUUUAAGUUCGUGUUCUCCACCCGGGCUUCGACAUGGAGAUGAAGAAGAGAGUCAGCCUGGAGCUCAGGAACAGAAACCCCGCUGAGGUGGUGGAGAUGGUGGUGGAUAACUGCCAGUCAGCUGAUGGCGAGGUGGAGGGUCUGACGGAGGAGUACACGGAGCUGGAGAUCCUCAGCAUGGUGAACGUCGGCCUCAGCUCGCUCUCCAAACUGCCCUCACUGCCAAAACUACGCAAGCUGGAGGUCAGUGAUAACAUCAUCACUGGCGGUCUUGACAAGCUGGCAGAGAAAUGUCCAAACCUGACGUACCUAAACCUGAGCGGGAACAAAAUCAAAGAGCUGAGCAGCAUCGAGGUUCUGCAAAACUUAAAGAACCUGAAGAGUUUGGACCUGUACAGCUGUGAGGUUUCCACGCUGGACGACUACAGGGAGAGCGUCUUUGAGCUGCUCCCUCAGAUCACGUAUCUGGACGGAUACGACCAGGAGGACAACGAGGUGCCUGACUCUGAGGUCGACAACGAUGACGAUGAAGCCGGUCCCCAUGGAGACGAGGAUGAUGAUGAGGAUGAAGAGGAUGAGGAUGAUGAGGACGGCUCUGAGGGCGAGGAGGAGGUUGGUCUGUCCUACCUGAUGAAGGAGGGGAUCCAGGAUGAGGAAGACGACGGAGACUACGUGGAGGAAGAGGAGGAGGAUGAAGAAGAGGAGGAUGAUGAAGAUGGAGAUGUGGACGUUCGAGGGGAGAAGAGGAAGAGAGACGCAGAGGACGAAGGUGACGACGAUGAUGAUGAAUGAUCCAAUCACCUUCUCACACUGAAACACCUGGCCCCUCCCCUUAGAGCUGCAGAGCGACAGACUCAUGAUGCCAUCACUGAUCAAUAAUCAGGUGAUCACCAUGGUGCAAAACCCUUGCUGUCAUCUUCUCUCCUUUAAUUUCUGUUUUAAGUCCAGUAAUUUCAGAUUAAGAGCGUAAUCU